AUGUUCAGGGGCGCUUGGAUGUGGCCCGGGAAAGAUGCCGCCGCGCUGAGUAUCUGCUGCUGCUGCUGCUGCUGGGCUCCCAGGUCGAGCGACAAACCUUGCGCCGAUUCUGAGCGGGCGCAGCGAUGGCGACUGUCCCUGGCGUCCCUGCUCUUCUUCACCGUGCUGCUCGCUGACCAUCUGUGGCUGUGCGCGGGGGCCCGGCCCCGGGCCAGGGAGGUGAGCAGCACCAUGCGGCCGCCCUGGGGGGCCGGCCGCGAGCGGCAGCGGGUGCCUCCUCGCGCGGUGUUGCCGCUGUCACCGCCGUCGCCAGGCGAGUCCAGCGCGUCCUCGGGCACCUGCGGCCCGCGAUACAGCAACCUGACCAAAGCCGCCCCCGCCGUCGGCCCCGGGCCGGUCUGCGGUGGUGUCCCAGAGCCCACGGGGCUGGACGCAGCUUGCACCAAAUUGGAAUAUUUGCAGAGACUUUUUGAACCGACCACCCCGGCUCCCCCUCUGCGGCCCCCUGAUGCCCCUUCCCGUACCCCGGCUGAGUUCCCCCCCGCCAAAAAGAACUUGCUCAAAGGCCACUUUCGGAACUUUACUCUCUCUUUUUGCGACACCUACACGGUCUGGGACUUGCUGCUUGGCAUGGACCGCCCAGAAAGACUGGACUGCAGUCUGGACACCCUGCUGGGGGACCUGCUGGCCGUAAUGGCCAGCCCGGGCUCCGGGACCUGGGAGGUAUGUAACAACUGCAUCGAGGCGUACCAGCGACUGGACCGACAUGCUCAGGAAAAAUAUGAUGAGUUCGACCUCGUGAUGCAUAAAUACUUGCAGGCAAAAGAGUACUCUAUCCGGUCCUGCACAAAAGGCUGCAAGGCUGUCUACAAGGCCUGGCUGUGCUCAGAAUACUUCAGUGUGACCCAACAGGAAUGCCAGAGCUGGGUGCCUUGCAAGCAAUACUGCUUGGAGGUGCAGACCCGGUGCCCCUUUAUCCUCCCUGACAAUGAAGAAAUGGUGUACGGAGGCCUCCCUGGCUUUAUCUGUACAGGGUUGGUUGAUACUUCACCAAAGCGGCCGGAAACCAAGUGCUGUGACGUGCAGUGGGUCUCCUGUGAGUCGGAGAAGAAAAAGUUCAAGGACUCUGAGCCCCCCAAAACCCACCACCAGCAAUUUCACCAUUCCUUUUUCCACCACUACCAUCAACAGUACCAACACUACCACCCCCGCCAUGAACCUCCAAACCGUGCCAGCAACAAACCCUCCCUGCUGCCGGUCUCUGGGGGCUCCUGCCUCAGUCCCAGCAGGAUCCGGCUCUGUGUCCUUGUUCUUAUACUCCUCCAUACCGUAGUGUCCUUCUCUAGCAGCCAGGGUGGCGGGGGACUGGGGCUGGAGGCACUGCCCGCCCUAGAAGAAGAGUGACCUCCACCACAUACUGACAUCAGCUCCAGCCCUGCCCCAGGUUGGGGGGGAGGGAGCACCUCCCACGGGAAAUGUAGGACCAGGUGGGGGUUGGGGGAGAAAUGGGGGACCAUAUAUUGUCCCCAGUCUACCCCUUCCCUAAAAGCAGCUCCAAUAGAAUGGCCAGAAGGCCCACAAGGAGCUGUAAAACUCACCCUGGAGAAAAAGGUAGGAGCAGCAGAUGCCCCCCCAAGCCCCACCCAUAGGGCUUAGUGAAGGGGGGGGUGAGGGCUGGAAUUGCCCACUCCUGCCAAGAGCCCUGACCCCAGGGAAGGAGGCUGCCUACCCCAGCCUCAUCUCUGCAUGGAAUGUUGGGGGGCACAGAGGGGAGUAGAUCUCCCCCCUCCACAUUCCUUUUGUUGCCAAGAUCCUUAAUUCCCUCCUGCCCGUAUCCCUACAGGUGACGGCAGACAGUGUGGUCGCCCUCCUGCCACUUCAGCGCACCCUGAGUGUGGGGCCUGUCACAGUGAGAAGCAUCAGAUGGGGGCCUGAGGCCCACAGGGCCACAGCUAGUAAGAUGCCCCAGUUAAGCUGCCCCACCAUCCUAGGCAAUGAGGGAUUGGAACUGGAUAUGGAAUGGGUGGUAAAAGAGAAGGAAGAUAGGGAAGGAAAGAAGACAGGAGAGAGAGAGGUGGACAGAGAGCAUGAGGAGACAGUUGAAUAUUGCCACCUGUCUCUGGGAAGGUGGGUAAUUAGCGUUGAGGCAGGCUCAAGAAAGGUCCCCCAAAUCAGAAUGAGGUGCACAAGGAGGCCCCUGGGGAAAGAGCCCAGGAGCCAAAACCCAGAAGGCUGAGGGCGCAUGUUGGACUGCCGCUGUCUGGAGGGACAUAUCUCACAGAAGGUGCACACACUCCCUAGGGCUGCCCUUGCCCUGGAAAUCUUGGCCUUGUGGCCACAGACCUUUCAUUUCCAAUCUCCAUAGGGAGGAGGGACUUGAGCCCAAGUGUGUCAGGCCUGGCCUGGGUCCCCACACUCCCCCAUCUUGUCCUAGCCCAGGCCUCCAUGAAGGAGAACCUGGUGGCGUUGCCCCAGAGCUCUCCAGAGAUGAGCCUCCCCUAACCCAACCCGUGUCCAUCCCCAGCCUACCAAAGAGUAUUCAUCCCUUCCCAUCCCUAACCUUGUGGCCUAUUGUCCCACUGAGGGACAGCUAGUCUCCUCCUCACCUUUUAGCGGGUCCCUUUCUCUAGCCACCCUUUGCCCUUGCUGGACAAAGUUCAGAGACUGGCAAGAGGCCUCUGCCUGGAGAUAAUACGUAAUGUGCUGCUGCUGACUCUUGGCUGAGAACCUUCAUUCAGUCUCAAAGGGUGAGUGAGGUGAGGCUCGGAAGCCCUCGGCCUGCACUGAUCUAAGGAAAAGGUAGGCCACAUUGCCUGGGCACCGAAAAGCCAAUGGAAGCUGACAAGAACAGGAACCAGAUUCUUUAUGGAGCAGGCCAGGGGCUUUCAGAGAUCAAAAUGAUGAGUAAAUGAGGACAGCCGUGGGGCAGCAUUACAGAGAAACAGGCGAGGGCAAGGGAAGGAGGAGCUGCACCUUGCCAGCUUUAGGAUGGAUGGACGCCUCCCUAGUCAAAAAGGGUUUCUUCAUCUAAGGGCGGUGGUUGGAUCCCAAUUCAGCUUCAUGAGCCUAUGGAGCCCUUCUCUCUGCCAGUUUACUCAUAUCUCACAGCCUGUCCUCUGCCUGGACCCUGUGUCCUCCAUCUUUGGGCCCUCAGCACUUGGGGUCUGGCCACAUGCCCCAUCCCUAGAGUGCUCUUUUCAGCUGGGGAGGGUAAGAGGUGCUGGACCCUUCCCAGAUGUGCUUAUGUAUUAGAGAAAGGUGGAGGCUUUAAGCUCCAGAGAGACCCAGGACUACCUUCUAACUCCUGCAUCCUCAGGAGGGGAAACAGGACUGGGCAGCAAAGGGGGACAACAUGGUCCCAGGAAAUGGACCCUUGGAGACUCCCAUCCUCUCUUCCCCCUCACCAAGUGCCCUGGAGACCCCUGGCUCAGACCAGCCCAAGGCCUUGCCCAGUGGCAGGGGAAAGGGGCACCACACUCCGCCUCAAAGCCAUUUGACUGUCCCCAUCUCCCCCACCCCCUGACCUUCCUCCACCUCCCUGGCUGCCCCUGCCCUCCGUCACAGGAAGCAGAGCUGGGUGGCUUUUCUUAUGCCAUUUUCUACACUGUGCUUCAUUAGUAGGAUCUUCUUGCACUAGUUCCUCUAAGUGAGUCUCCAAGCUGGUUCCCUAGUAGUCUCCCAGCCCUUCCUCCUUCCCCUGGCUAUGGUUCAGUUGUCUCUGCCCUCUUCCCUGCCUCUGUGUUUCAGUGAGAGUAUCUGUGUGUGUGUGUGUACUGCUUUCUGUUUUGUUGCGCUGUGGGGCAGGGAGCUCUCUGCUCUUGUU